GGGUAAAAUAUACUCUUGCGGAAGUUCAUGCACAUGCACGUUUAAGGACGCACUAAGAAUACACUAUGGGGAAGCAAAUAUUAAUGUAGAACACAUUCAUUGUCUAGUAAAAAGAGCAAGCCUAAGGAAAUAUUUGUAUGUAAAUAGAAAGUACAUACACUAAAAGGUAAAGAUAAAGGAGAUUGUACGGAGUUUAUGGCGACCGACGACCGGUUUGGAGUUGCCGCCCCUGAUUUACGUGGCUACACAGUUCGUGGUUUCUUAGAUAAGAAGAGACCAAGCAAGAAACUUUUGUCAGUUAAAUACCAGAGACGAUGGUGUGUCCUGCACGACUCAACCCUGUAUUACUUUUUUGACCCCAGGGACAGGAGACAAAAAGGAUCCUUCUCAUUAAUAGGUUACAAAUUUUGGCAUGGAGGGACAGAAAACUCUUUUUCGCUGGUAGCAAGCGGGAAAAGAACGUAUGAUUUCAUAUGUCCAACGAGUGAAGACUUUGAAAAAUGGAAAGCUGGUAUUCUAGCAGUUACAGAAAAUGUCCCUCUCGGACACGAGGUAUUUGUAAACAAAAAGUCGAUGCACAAUAAUACCUCAUCGCCUUCUGCUACCAAAAGGACUGUAAUAAAAAGAACGUUAUCACGUGAAAGUUCUAGUGACAGUACAGACAACAUGGAGAUCCCUCCUUCACGACCCCCUCCUGUGACAAGACCCCCAAAGAGACCACCGAUGCCCCCGAUACCAAAAACAGGGAAAACCCCAGUUACAAAGAAGCAGUCGGAGCCUACAAAAGACGUAUAUGCUGCCGUGAAUAAGUCCCAGUUAAGCCGAUCGAAUACAGCUAUUCCUGUUACCAAACCCCAAACAAAUGAUGACCUUGAUGAUUAUGACGUGAUAGGAAAUCACAUGCUACAAAGUAACGUCAACAAAGAUGAUCUUGACGAUUAUGACGUGGUAGAUAAGCAUUUGAAACACAGUGACAUGAGCACGGACUCUGAGGAUGAGAUUUAUGAUCGGGCUCGGGACCCACCAGAACCAGUGUAUUCUUUUGCUAGGCAGCACAGCACACAAUCUGUGUCCUCGUCAGAUUCUGAGGUGGACUAUGCCCGGGUAAAUCCACGCAGUUCAGAUUUAGAUGACUACGCAAGUACCACUGAGAUCCAAAUGCUUCGGCGAACCUCCUCUAGUUAUGACAAACCCUACGAAAUCGAAAAUCUGAAAAAGGAAUCCGAUUUUGAAAAUUCUAAUGAAGAAUCCUACCUUACCAGUGCUGAUUUGCACGGUCAAAAGAGUUCUAAUAAGUCCUCAACUAAACAAAUGGAGUCGAACAUUGCAUCACUGUUGGGCCUCAAACUUAAGGGUGAAAAGCAAACAAUAUCAUGUGACGCAGACUUAGAUACAUACGUGGAAUUCGUUGCAGAAGGUGCGAAACAAGAUCCUUCACCUAAAAACAGAUCAAAAAAGAAGCGUGAUGAGUCAGUCUUGAAUAGUGUUCCAGAGGAUCCUUACAUGGAAUUUAUUGGUGAGGGGGGACUAUGUGAUGGGGCAGGGGGACAGGUUGAUGAUGAGGGGGGACGGGGACUAGGUGAAGAAGAGGAGGAUGACGACGCUUUCCAGUCAGAAGACUCUGCUACAGAUAGUGACAUUGUACAGACCAAAAACACAAAGAACGAAACCAAACCGAAGAAACCAUUGUCUCAUAUUCAUUCAUUACAGUUGGAAUUAAACAGCAAACUUGCUCAACGUUUAAAGGGAGCAAGAGAAAUCACAUCGCCAGAUAAAGAGUCCAAUCUGUCUGAAGAGGAUGAACCUUUGUAUCAAAACUUUUUACAGAUAAACUCUUUGGAGACGCGGAGUCUCCCACGUGACAUUCUGCCUGCUUCCCCGCCAUUACUGUUACACAAACGGAAACAGUCAAGUUUUGAAUCCAGCAGUGACAGUUCUAGUGAAGAAGAAUUCACCCAAUGUGUUUCCAUGUCUCACUAACGUAUAAAACAAAACUUAACUCAUUAAAAUGAAAUGAAGCCGAAUGUAAAAGGAUGCAAUAUAAUUAUAGUAUUUACUAAUAACAUAUAUUAAAUCGUCCAAAAACUAUAUACAUGUACACAUACUUUCAUUUACUGGAAAACAUUUUAAGAAAUCCUAAUCCAGACCGUCUAAUUGACAUAUGACGACAUUAAGGAAUUGAUUUUACAUCAGAUUCACAUGUUAAAAUUUAUCCACUCAAAAUUUUGUUAUUAGCUGCAGAUCUGUAGCUCGCAGGUCUGAAAAAAUAGGAUGGACAUUGAACGAAAGGGCUACAGUGUCACACAUUGAAAAAAAUGUAUAUUUAUUGCGCACGGAAUAGUGCGCCGUAUUCUCUCUUUUGUACAAUUCUCUGUUAUCCUUGGACUUUCAGCAAGGCGUGGCAUUCUCGACGCUACGUAAUUAACGUCUUUCAAAUGGCGAAUAGAUUUUCAUUGAUUAAAAAUAAAAUUAAUAACAUCAGCAACUUUUAAAUGUUGUUGACAACGAUGAGAAGACUUAAGCCCCACCUGUUUGCCCUACGAAACGUUGUAAUUGGAUAAUUGCUACACUCGUUCACACUCGCCCGAAGUUUUCAAGAGUGAAUGAAAGGCUGUUAAAAUUUCAGACGUUAAUCAUGUAACGUCGAGAAUACCAGGCCUUACUGAAAGUCCAAGGAUAACAGAGAAUUGUACUAUUUCUCCGUGUAGUCAUGCUGCCAUCUCACAAUUUUACUAAUCGUGUGUUUCUAUUACAAAACACUUCCAAAAACCGUUGUUAAUAGCCCAAGUGGGUCUGAAAGUGAGAUCAUCGAAAAUUUCAUCUAUUAACGCUGCCAUAUUAGGUGUUAAGAUAAUUCAGUUCAAUGUUCUUCGUGCAUGACUUUUAUAAUUAAGUUUAACUUUACAUGCAGUUUUGUUGUGGAAGUAGUAAAAUAAUAUGUAAGAAACACAUUGUUAGUAAUAUUUUGAAAUAUACGGUGAAAAAAUCGAGAAAUGGCGCACUUUUUGUGCGCAAUAAAUAUACACUUUUUUCAAUGGGUGGCACUGUACCUCUCUGGUCAUGCAUCUCAGCGAGCCACAUAUCUGCUGCUAUUUUGUUAUAGAAAUGAACAUUUUUUAAGAGUUGUCUCUCUUAAAGCAGUGUCUAGAAUGGAAAAGGGUCAUAUGUCAGAGAAUUGCUGAAUGAAUGAA